AUUUCUUCCCGAAGCACCGCCCCGGCAGCCGCUUCCCCGCUACCCUCCCCGUCCUCCCCGUCGCUGCCGCUUACCGCGGGGCUCGCGGGCAGCAGCGGUUGGGCCGAACCGAACCGAACACCGGCUCACUGCUCUGUGUUGCCUGUGAGCUCCGGUGCGGGGAGACGCGGUGUGCUAGUCCCCGGGGUCUCGCCAGCCGGUGCGGUGUGAACGUGAGGGGCUGUCGAGGCUUGAAGCGCUCCUGGUGUUGCGAGAACUGUACAAUACUGUGGAUGGGACAAAGAAGUGGACAUCAAGAAAGAAGCAAGAAACUGGAAAUGACUCAAAGUGAGACCAUGAAAACAAAGGCAGUUGUACAAAAUAAUGAAGAGGCAUCUGAAGAACUGAACCCCAGAAAACAGAGGCUUACAUCAGUCUUUGGUGUGGCAGACUUAAAAAAUGGAGCUGUUGGACUGUACAACAUUGGACUAAGCUGCUGUCUGAACUCUGUACUCCAAGUGUUCCUCAUGAAUAUAUACUUCACAAGAAUACUUCGAAGGAUCACAGUGCCACCACGUGCUGCACAGAAGAGGAAUGUCCUGUACCAAAUGCUUCUGCUGUUGGAGAAGAUGCAGUGUGGAAAGCAGAAAGCUGUUUCUCCUAUGGACCUCGCUUCCUGCCUUUCAGCAUACAGAGUGAAAUUGUUUGCCACACAUGAUGCUGCCCAGCUCUUUCUGACUCUCUGGAACUUGAUGAAAAUGCAGAUGGAAAAGCCAGAGCUGGUAAAAGAGCUGACUGAUUUGUACACUAUCUGUAUACAGGAGCAUCUGGCCUGUCAGAAAUGCUCUCUUGAAACAAAAAGGAAAAGCAGCAUGUUAAUCCUUCCCCUCUCAAUGCUGGAUUCCAAUUCUCACAUGUUGAAGACUCUGGAGGACUGUCUGCAACACUUUUUCCAUCCGGUAGAGCUGACUGAUCACAACAUGUGUCUCUGUGAACAGUGUGGAAAGAGAACACCUUUUUUGCAGAGCAUGAAGCUAGUCCAUCUCCCACACAGCCUGACCAUACACCUGAAGCGCUUCUGCUUUGAAAAGUCAGCCUACAUUCACAAGCUUAAUAAUAAUCUGCCAUUCCCCCAAGACCUUGAUUUCAAUGUGAUCUUGACAGAAAAUCAGUGUCAAGCAGAUAAUAAUGAAAAGGCUGGCUGGCAGUAUGAGCUUUUUGCAGUUGUUGCUCAUUCAGGAUCAACUAGUUUUGGACAUUACUGUGCCUAUAUUCGAAGUCUCACAGAAUUGAAAUGGUAUUGCUUCAAUGAUUCGCACGUUUGCCAGGUAUCAUGGGAUGAUGUUAAAACCACCUAUGGGCAUUCCAGCCUCCAUUUGGGAGAAACAGCCUAUCUCUUGAUUUACAUGAAAAAACAUCUGGAGUAGCCUUAACCUGGAGUAUCAGAAUGUCUCAGGAAGCUGUGCAUUGUCCAUAGAGCUCAGUGACUCUGAGGAGGAAAUAUGAGGAAACUAUGAGGAAAUAUGUAAACCUUAUUCGGACUAAGUGUUACUAGUCUUUUUCAUACUAGUGGUUUUAUUGGUAAUUUUGUGGAUCACAAUAAUCUGUUGUGUCUGAUAGAUUCCAACAAUGCAUCCCCUGAUAAUAUUCCUGUGGGGGAAUGAUGGUAGUUUUAAGUUAUCAAAGGCAUUUUAUUUUCACAGGUUUAACCUUUUUGCUGAGCAGGUUCUCUAACUGGAGAGAUUUGAAUUUUGCCCUCCUGGAAGCAAGCUAAUGCUGGCCCUUUGCUGUCCCCUGGUGUUUCCUACAGAACUGUCUUUUGUAUCCCUUAAGCCAAGCUUCUGGUCAUGCCUUACUUGAAGUUCUACUUUUCCCAGGAAAAUUUUGGAGAUGUCAAGUUGGAACUGGAAUCACCUGUUAACUUCUAUUCUGAUAUUUCUUCUGCUAACACAACUUGGGCUUGAAGCUGUGAGUAACGGGCAGCACUUCCCUAACAAGUGAGAACAGAAACCUCGAAUAAUCUGUCGAAGGUAUUUUAUGAAGCAAUUAGUCAGAGAAGAGCUAUUUAGCUCUGAAUCCCUGAUAUUUCCUACAUGGCUGGCUUAUAUUUUUCCAGCUUCAAGUUGGCAGUCUCAGCAAUAUUUGUACCUGCCUGUGGAAAUGUGUCACCAACACUUUAGAGAGCUGCAUAGAUAACAAAGAUUUCUGACAAAUAUGAAGCCAAGAAACUGGAAGAGAGAAGC